AUGGAUGCUAAACCAGUUGCGGCAUGGGACCAGCUCGCUGAAGCCUGGGACAUGUUGAUGGGAACUCCAGGCAACGAUUACUACACUGUCAUCGAGCUGCCUGCAUUGGAACGCCUGGUGCAGCCAAAUCCUGGAGAUUGUGCCUUGGAUCUUGCCACGGGGAAUGGCCUUGUAGCGCACUGGAUGGCCCAAAAAGGGACCAGCGUCCUCGCAACAGAUGGCAGUCCCGCUAUGGUCGCGAAAGCUCAAGCCCGACAGUCAAAGAGACUCGAAGAAAAUGGGGAAGUCAAAGUCUCAUAUCAGACCCUCGAUGUGACAGAUCCACAGCAUUUUGAUGAACUUAUUCAGUCUCGAGGUCUUGGGGCCGGGGGAGCAUUUGAUAUUAUUACGAUGAAUAUGGCAAUCAUGGAUGUCUCUACCUUAGAGCACCUUGCUAACGCACUGCCUAAAUUAUUGAAAAGGAAUGGGGGUCGCUUUGUUGCAACGCUAUUGCACCCUCUCUUUACCUGCGGCGUAACAAGAGCAGUCGAAUAUAAGGACAAUCCCGAGUCAGGCCGAGAGGAGGUGUUUCAUUCCUUGAAGAUGACCAAAUACUUGCAUGUACCACCCUACAAAGGCGUCGCAACUCAAUCCCAGCCUCACCCGCAGGUAUACUUCCACCGUCCAAUGCACGAAAUCUUUGCUCCAUUCUUUAAGGCAGGCCUUGUCCUGGAUGCUUUGGAAGAGCCAAAUUUCGACGAGGCAUAUGUAAAGGCAAGGGACUUGGAUAUAGGAUCGCUCCGGCAGUUUACACAGUUCCCUAAAAUUCUUGCCUUUAGAAUGAAGAUUGCGUGA